GCCGCCGAACCAUUAGUCGCAAUAUUAUUGUUGUUAUUUGCAUUCCUUCCACGCCGCCGUCAAUCCUCUUUCGAUGUCAAUGAGGCUCCAUCUUUUCUGUGACAGCAGAGCGCAGAAAUCCACACGCCACAAUGACAUCCCCUGACAAUAAUAAGGACCCGCCUGCUUCCAGCAACGCUGCGGAUCAGCAAGAGGAAGAAGAUAAUGAUUGGAAGGUCCAACGAGACCAAGAAAAAAGUUACGGCGACAACGCCUUUCGAGCCCGUGACUUUUCGACUGCCAUUCACCACUACACGGCUGCCUUGUCUAUGGAUCCUACAUAUCACAUUAUCCUGAGCAAUCGAUCGGCAGCCUAUCUGAGUUCGCAUCAAAAAUCCAAGGCGCUGCACGACGCUCAAGCGUGUGUCACAAAUUCCCCGCCCGACUAUUUCAAGGGAUACUCGCGCUUGGCGGCCGCUUUGCAAUCGUUAGGGCGAUAUGGUCCUGCGAAGGAUGCCUGGGAAAAGGUCCUCGAAAAGGAUCCCAGCAAUACUGCAGCGAAAAAGGGAUUGGAACAUGCCAAGGAAAUUUUGAAGAAAACACAACAACAGGAAGAAGAAGAACAACAACAAGAGAAGAAGAAAGCCGAGGAAGAAAAGGCCAAGGAAGAAAACGAGAAAAGCAACAAUGAAGAUGAUGAUGAUGAUGGUGGUGAUGAUUUGGAUGACUUUUUCAAUGAUGUGGAGGAAGCAGCAGAUCAAGUGCAAAAAGCAAAAGUAGAAGAGGCCGAAAAAGUGGACAAACCCAAAGCCACCAAUGCCAUUAAAUCACACAAAAAGGAUUUGGGCACUGCAACCUCUCAAAUUGAACGAUUGCUGCAACCCAAUUACAAGUGGCGCAAUUUGAACCCCUUUUUUGUGCUGGAUAUUCCCCCCAAUGCCACGGAGGAAGAUAUCAGUCGUCGGUACAAAGCAUUGUCACUGCUGUUACACCCUGAUAAGAAUCGCAAUCAACAUGACAAGGCCGAGGAAGCCUACGAUUUCGUCCAAAAAGCCAAAACACUGUUGCUAGAUGAUGAAAACAAGGCCAAACAUUGUCGGGACUUGGCUCAUCAGGGGAUGCGACAAGGAAAACGAGAAUGGGAACAAAAGUCGCCCAAGGAAAAAAAGGAAACAUCGUUGGAAGAACUACAAACCAAGAAUAUUAUGAAGAUCUUUGCACAAGUGGAACACAAACGACGGGAAGUGGAGAAACGACAACGCGCACAAGAACAACGAGAGCGAGAUCAGGAAGAAGAGGAAUCGAAAAAGGAACAAAACGCCAUGAAGUUUGAAAAGAGUUGGAAACAAGAGGGGAGAGUCGACAAACGUGUUGGGAACUGGCGAAACUUCAGCACGAAGAAAAAGAGCAAGACUUCGGACUAACUAACUAGACUAAGAAUAGAAUGAUUCGAUUCAAUCGUUUUGGUAGGUGUUGCUAACUAAAACUGUGCACACAGGUCAAUCUACUGUAAGCCAUUUUGGCAUAGUGUUAGAACUAUGUACCGUCUGCCUAAAAGACAUGGCAAGACGCCA